GCAGCAAGGGGUCGAUGUUGUACUCUUCCAAAAUGGACAAUUCCGCAACACGAUUGCAUUUGUAGAAACUAGUGAGGGUUGCCCGUUAAAUCCAGGCUCGAGCUUGUAAAAGGUUAUGUAUUUGGUGCCAACUUUGGGUGCGAAUUGUGAUCGAGCUGGUAUUGCCGUCGAGGGUGACAUCAAACGCAAAGAAACUUCACUGGCAUCUACAACACUUAUUGCCAGUCAGGAUGCUCGCGACGCUUUCGGAAUCAUUGUUUCAUAUGCCGUUAAGGUUAAGCUAUUCUUGGGUGCUUUGGGAGGUGAACUAUGUGCCGAAUUUCCUUUUAUUCAAAUGCACGCAAAG